GAUUCCUCGCGACAGGUUGCUCUGCGCGCGUAAGCCAAAGACACAACAAUCAGACGAUAGGUUCAGUGUCAGUGCCAACGGAUUAAUAAUUUACCAGAAACUGCAUAAACAAUAUGAGUUAAAUAUUUAUUAAACAAAAUUAUUUUGUUUCAAUUUUAUAAUUCGCAGUGUAAUUAACUCGGAAUAAAAUGAAGAUCUAUGCCGUGUUAGUUUUCACCUCGUUGUGGUUGAUACACAUCCGGCUUUCAAAUGCGUUGAAUGCCCCAGGGUACGGAAACAACUUCAGACAGGGUGGUGGGCCAAAUCCGACUGCCUACAGACGGGCACAUUAUCAUCAUAACAAGCCGGGACUCGGUGGGCAAUUCAAAAAGAAAUGGUAUCCACCAUUACAACCUGGGUUGAAUCAACGUCCAAGACGUCCGGGACCACCUCCAGGCCCACCACCAUCUAAUUACAUGAGACAACGAUUGGGUUUAGGUGCAGGACCACCACAACCGCAACCACCAGUACAACUUCCUAACGUAAAUGAGUUUAAAUACCAGAAAGACUUACAACAAGAGAUGCAGAAUCAACACAUUCAACAACAGAUACAACACCAACAAAAUUUGCUAAACAAAAAUUUUGCUAAUAAGGUACCACAUAAAUGGAACAACUUCCCAUCGAGGAAUCUUAAACCUCAACCACAGGUACAUCAACAACAGAAACCGUUCUUAUCCUCGCCGAAAAUCCAAACGGAAUUAGAGUACCACAUUCAAACCAAUCAGAUUCCUAAUCAACCUGUGAUGAUUAAACAACUGGAUGAUGAGAAAGGACCUAUUCAUACUAUACCAGCACCCAAUUUGAGUUUGGCAGACAAACCCAAACAGGUGCAUAUUCAUCAACCACAUCAGUCGAAACCACCACCACCCCAUCAUCAACAACUAUUACAACCCCAUUUCGAAUCAACAACUCUGCGUGUCCUGAAACCACAGCCUACUUUAGUGCAUCAAUAUCAAGUCACAGAAUCACCCGAUCAUGGAGAUAAGUUACUUCAUCAAGAUAUUCCUACAGAGAUACCUCCUCUUAAACCAGAGGUACCACACUCAACUGAUGAUGUGUUUGGGUUACUUCCGGUUCAAGAUGGCUACGCAUACAGCGUGCUUCAUCAACCGCAAUUGCAACAACACAUGCUCCAACAACAACAGUCCAAUGCAUAUCAAACGAUGUUGGUGCAACCGCAGUUCUUCCAACCGGAUCCGGCUUUCCUCGAAUCACAAGCGCAGCAUAAACAAAUGACACCACCCGAGAUGCAUACGUUCAACUACGUUGAACCAAAACACGAUGGCACGCGAGUGUCGCAUGUUUCAGCUGAGUAUAUUCUCCAAGCUGACGAUGACGAAUCGCAGGAAAGUGGGUACAGUCGUGAGCGACAACAUGGCGGCGACGAUAAUCUUGGUGGCGAGUUAAUUAACGAAAGUUUCUACUCAUCGCUGCCGAGUAAAGAUGCCGCUGAAAGUUUUGCACAGCUGCAUGAAUCUGGCAGGAGACCGACUGUGAAUGACCAAACAAGUGGGCAGUCCAAGCAGAAGGAGAUGAUGAUUUAUGUACCUGAUGAGCAAGAGCAGUUCGAUCCAGCUGAGGAUUUGGAGCAGUAUGAGGCGAACGAGGGCAGUGAGGGUCAAGGUGAUAAAAACAGCAAGCGAUACGGAUUCGGCAGCAGGAUUCGUCCAAAGAAGUCGUAAACAGCAGACGGGAGGAAAGUUAACAACUUAACAGAUGACGCUGCGUUCAUGCGUAACCUACAAAUAACUCGGUUCCAAGGGAAUGAAUAUGUUAUUAUUUGAUCAUUUUUACUUUUAUGAGUGUUAACUCUUAAAAUAGUUUUGUAUUUAUUGUUGAUAUUUAUGUUUCUAUUUAUUUUUUAAUUUAAUAAAUUGUUUUUAUUAUAAA